AACAAAUCCAACCUGUCAAAAAAUUUCUCAUUUUAGUCAACUUUGAAGAUCCUUCAUAGUAGAUAUUCCAGGAUUAUUAUAAACACAGUGAUAUGUGUUGUGUAGAUGAACUGAAGAUUGUCCAUGUCAAGUUUCAAUUGCAAAGAAAAUUAAGUUCGGUGAACAGUUUUGCAUCGUUGGGGAUGAUGCUCUGUUAGGUUCCUGGGACCCUUCAGAUCCAAUACCAAUGUCCUGGUCAGAUGACCAUACUUGGACUGCUGAAACGGUCCUGUGUAUAUGGACAGGAUAUAAUUGCUGGAAAAAGGAUCCAAUACAAGUUCAUAUUGAAAGAGAGAAAGGGGGAUGUUAUUUGGCAGCCAGGGUCAGAUAGACUCAUGCAAACAUGGGAAACUGUUAAUGGAAUAUCAGUCUUUGAGGAUUGGGACAGUGCAGGACUUCAGAUGAUAACAGAGGAACUGCAGCAUCAACACUCAAAUGAGGAAUCCAAGCAGCAGGAAAAGCCAUCAAAGAAUACAGAUCGUAACGAUGAGCAAUAAGAAGCUGAUAGACCCACGCAGAUUAACCCCAGGGGAAAGGUUACUUCAAUCAAGAAUCAGGAAACACAAGUUGAUGACUAAAGUCUGUUUGAAUUUUG